AUGGUACCUUACAGCAACGAAGUGAGCUCGGCAAGCAUCAAGACGGCGCUUGCCCCCGCGGACUUCGCAAGGUACCGAAAGUUCUACGAGCACAUGCAGAAGAAGGACACGCGCGAAGUCAAUGGAGCGCAACUCAACAACUACGAUGCUCUCAAAUUGGCGGUCCGAGUCCAGUACCAAUAG